AUGGAGGCCUCCGGUGGGCAAGGGGCUGAAGGGGACAAGCCACUAAACAAGGUGACAGAUGUACCCUGCUUGGAGAAGAGUUCCGGCACCACGCCCACUGGAGACUCACUUGUACGCCAUGCCAAGGGCCUGGGCCAGGACACCUUCAAAAUUUGUAAAGAAUAUCUAAGGCCACUGAAGAAGUUCCUGCGAAAGCUGCACCUGCCCAGGGAUCUUCCCCAGAAGAAGAAGCUAAAGUACAUGAAGCAGAGCCUGGUGGUCCUAGGGGACCACAUCAACACCUUUUUGCAGCACUACUGCCGAACCUGGGAAAUCAAGCACUGGAGGAAGAUGCUCUGGCGAUUUGUUUCUCUCUUCUCAGAAUUAGAGGCGAAACAGCUUCGCAGGCUCUACAAGUACACCAAGAGCAACCAGACGGCCGAGUUCCUGGUGACGUUCUGCCCCUUGGACACCCUAGAGAGCUCCCUGCUGGCCGACCGGGAAGACAGUCUGCCCAAGCUGUGCAGUGCGUGGGGGCUGCACAACAACAUCAGCUGCAUGAAGGAGAGGCUGUCCAAGAUGCAGGCGCCCGGCCGAGAGGCCUCGCUGCUGGGGGAGCCACCACCCCGGGGCCUGGGCAGGAAAGGUUCUCUAAGGAAACUUCCUCACAAAACAAAACUCAAGAGAAAGAGGAUUAAGGAAGCCCCAGAGACUCCAGGGACCCGCCCGUAACAACAGCCAGGCAGGAGGGACGGGGGCAGCUGGUCCUGGCUCCCAGAGCACUUGUCUUCAACACCUCUGCACCCUGGGGGCUGGGGGCCAAUGAGGGGAAAGAAGAGAACUGUCUUUGUCAGAAGGAUGCUCAGGUCUU